CUGGUUCAAUUCAACACACUUUCCCCCGAUCAUCUUUUACUGCAGCGGUACUCUUACGCGAAAUAUUUGCUUUUGCGUCUAAGCUCGAAGAGAUUGGCCGUUGACUUGCAAUGUUCUCAGAGGAACUCAAGACGAUCCGGAGACUUGGAUGGCGCUAUGCUUUCCUUCAAGUGCUCAAUUUCGCCUCUGUCAUUGCAUCAGGCCUCAUGAUCUGGAAGGGCCUAGGUCUCAUAUGCAACACUGAAUCACCGAUUGUAGUCGUUCUUAGUGGCUCAAUGGAGCCAGCGUUUUAUCGUGGUGACCUUCUCUUUCUCACGAAUCCGUCUGGCCAACGCUACAAGACGGGUGACAUUACCGUGUACCGUAUACCGAAUGGUGAUAUUCCCAUUGUCCACCGUGUGAUCGAGACACGAGAUGUUGUAUCCGACGAGCGUGCCUCGUUAGCUCAUUCAACCCCGAAGCUUGCACAUCGAAUUGACGCGAUCUACGUUGCUGCAGCACCGCUCGCGCAGAAACAGUUACUCCUUACCAAAGGCGAUAACAAUGCACAAGAUGAUAUCGGGUUGUAUCAGGGCUUACAAUGGUUAGAAAAACGACACAUUAUCGGGAAAGUCGGCGGAUUCUUGCCGCAUAUCGGAUAUGUGACAAUCGUCAUGAAUGACUACCCGCAACUGAAAUAUGCUCUUCUGGGCGGGCUGGGAUUGCUAGCGUUGGUACAACGGGAAUAAGAUUCCCGCUCCAUACCUCUAAGACCCCUUUUUCUUUAACAUUAAUUCACUGCCCUUUUUUACUGUCACUUUUUCAUUGUUUUGCCCCACUGAUUUCGUUCACACUAGUAUACAGAAAGCUUAGGUGCAUUAUUAACAUCCAUAGCAAUAGCUGUUUGUCUAGAUUUUUGAAGUGCGUUUCUUGAGUAUAUGUUUUUCCUGCGAAGGCAAAA